AUGUCAACAGUAGCGAUGACUCUCAAUUUAAGUUCACUUAUUGGAAGUGUACUCAUAGCUAUUGUUUGCGUAUUCAUGCUUAGUGUACUCUUGCGAUCUAUUAUAAUCAAGCCUGAUGUCGUUUUAAUUUUAACUGCUAAUAACUAUUUAUCAAUAUUUGCCUUCGAAAUUUUAUCUGUAUCAAACAAUAUGGAUGUUUAUCGUGCUCAACAUAAAUUGUACGUUGCCGAAGAAACAUUAAUUUGUCGUAUUAAAGGAUAUUCAAUUUAUUCACUCACUGCAAUUAUUUUUAACUCUUUUGCUUUACACGCUGUGUUUCGUUUCUGUCGUGUUGUCUAUCCUUCUCAUAUAUGGCUGCAAUAUCGUAUUACUUAUGCAGUGAUUAUUCCAAUGCUGUGGGUCAUCUCGUUCCUUCUUCUUCUACCAGUUCAUAUAUGGCAUGAUGCUGAACUUAUACCCACCGAAAAUAUCUGCUUGUUCGAUGUUGACGAUGCUCGUGCAUACAGGUGGUCUACUAUAAUCAUUUAUUACUUGCCGAUGAUUUUCAUCGGCAUUAUCUAUUUUAAAGUGGUACGAUAUAUGCAUCGAUCAGUGCUGACUACUUCCGUCCGAUCUAAACUUGAUUUAAUCGUUGCACGUCGUAUUGUUCGAGCUGUGCGUGUAUUAAUACUGGUGAGUGCUCCUACGGUCGUCAUGGAAGUAAUGUUACCUUCUACUGACACACUAAAACCAUUAUUCUAUCGUAUAUUAAAUGCAACUUUAGUCAUGAUUAUGGUUGCUCUCAGCUUGAUGCUUGUUUAUGUCACGCCUCAACUGAAACAAAUACUAGCCCGUUUUGCAAAGCGAAAUCGAGUAUCAUCCGUAUACUUGAAAUAG